GAUUUUACUAUCACCUUAAAAAGUGUCAUGGCGGCGCCCAUGUUUUCGAAACGUGAAAAUCUUGGAAAGAGAAUUUUUGAGGCUUCUUCAUUUCAGAACACAAAAUCAAAACACAAAGACACAAUAUUGAAUCAUUACUUCAAUUGUUCUAUGGGAUUAACACUGCCAGAUGUUAAGAAUGUACCUGACGCUGUCCACAAUCUCUGUAUGGAUGAGAAAUCCUACACAGUACAGGGAUUGUCCGUCUUAGAACUGAUAGACAUGGAUUUGAUUGGAGCAUUUAUUAAAACAGGUCGUCUGUGUCUGGUGUCCCACAAGACUCGCAUUGACAUUGAAGACUGUGUGGCUAUUCUUCCUACAGGUCAUCUAAUUCUCCAUCUGACUAAAGACACUUACCAGUGCUUGGGCUUGGAAGGAAAGCCUGCAGAGUUUCCUCAUAGGAAUCCAGAAAAGUUUGUGGUGACAAUUAACCUCUUGGAGAAAUGCUUCAGACCAGAAAAGAAAAAGUACCAACGAGUGUUUCGCUGUCUACGAGAUCGACUUGACAUUCGGUUUGACGUCAUCAUGACAUGGAGUCCAAACGAUGAUGCACUGUGCCCCAGCUCUUUACAGAAGUACUUCCAGGUUAAGGGUCACACUUGUCUAAAGACAAAUGUGAGGUGUCAGCAGAGACUGUUAAAACACCUACAGGUGCCCACAUUGGACGCGGAGAUGGACUGUUCCGACACACGAGAGUAUGACCACGAUGACGUGUACGAGUGGCUGGGAGGGGUUGCUGUUAACUCGUGUCUGAAUGCUGAGCCAGAUAACUACACUACGACUUACAGUUACCCAGGGCCGACACAGGAAGUUGAACAUUCUGUGUAUUUACAGUACAAGGGCUUCUUUUCUCCCAGCACCAUACAAAGAGUGUUGGAGGAAGUCAGAAAUCACAUACAGAAGUCCAAAGUACCGUGGGCAUGUCUGACGGUACACGGUCUCCUUGACUCACCGGUAUCCUGGGAAACCAAGGAGCACGGUUUCCUCACUUGUGGUGACAACAUCUAUACGUUCCUGGUGUUCCAGGACCAAAAGUACUGGAGCUACAAGGCCUUCUCCUUCUAUGAUAUUGUUAUAUAAAUAAAUUGUUUUACU